AGUCGUAGGCGCGAGAUUCGUUGCCCAUAGAAACGACAAAAGUUCAGUAGGGCGGGGACGCAAUUCGUAAGAAGCACCAGCAGGUAGCAACCAGCAGCAGCAGCAAACGCAGACUAGUGGCAAUUUCGUCUCCAGUUUUUUCCUUAAAAGAUAAUGAGGCAGGACGGUGACCACAGCCUCAUUUCUUUUAACUAUUAAGUUUAGAAGCGUCCUUCAGUAGAUAUUCACAUUUAAUAUAUCUUCUUUUUCCUUAUAACUCGUAGUGUCAUUUAUCCGAACUUAUAAACCUAGAUUCCAGACUUAAAGUUCCCCUUAGACAUAUUCAAUUUUGUAAUACCUUUCUUCACUAAAACUCUUGAAAACUGAAUGGCAUUUUCAUUUAUUUUGUCUAUUAUUUAAUAUUAUCAGUAUGUAAUAUUGCAAUGAACUGUUCUUUCAUUUAAAUGAUGGCAGACGAAGAAGUUCUCUUUGAUGAUGUAUAUGAAUUGCUGGAAACUAUUGGAAAAGGUCCAUUUAGCUUAGUGAAAAGAUGUGUUCAUCGUCAAACUGGUCAGCAAUUUGCUGUAAAAAUUGUCGAUGUUGCAAGUUUUACAUCAAGCCCAGGAUUAAGUACUUCAGAUUUAAAACGAGAAGCAACUAUAUGCCAUAUGUUGAAACAUCCUCAUAUUGUAGAACUAUUAGAGACCUAUAGUUCAGAAGGAAUGUUGUAUAUGGUUUUUGAAUAUAUGGAUGGAUCUGACAUAUGUUUCGAGAUAGUACGUAGAGCAACAGCUGGAUUUGUGUAUAGUGAAGCUGUAGCCAGUCAUUAUAUGAGACAAACUCUAGAGGCAAUUAGAUAUUGUCAUGACAAUGAUAUAAUUCAUAGAGAUAUAAAACCACACUGUGUUUUAUUGGCCACUAAAGAAAAUUCAGCACCAGUCAAAUUAGGUGGAUUUGGUGUUGCAAUUCAGCUACAUGAUGGUGUAUCUAUCAAUGGUGCAAAAAGUUUUGAUGAUUUAUCUCGACCCAAUUUGAGUGCCAAUGGACAGGUGUAUUUGCAAUCAGAUAGAGAGGGACGUAUUGGAACACCACAUUUUAUGGCACCUGAAGUUGUUGAUAGACAACAAUAUGGAAAACCAGGUGAUGUUUGGUCUGCAGGAGUUAUUUUACAUAUAUUGUUGACUGGUCUAACACCAUUUCUUGGAACUGGAGAACGUCUCUAUAACAAUAUAUGCAAAGCUAAAUUAAAUUUUAAUAGAUCCCAGUGGAAACCAAUCAGUGAAGCUGCUAAGGACUUAGUAUGCAAAAUGCUUUGUUUGGAUCCAAAAAAACGAGUUACUAUACAAGAUGUCUUAAAUCACCGUUGGCUUAGAGAAAGAGACAAGAAUGCUCCUAAAAUACAUUUGGUUGAAACUGUUGAGCAGUUAAAAAUAUAUAAUAGUCGUAGACGUUUACGUGGUGCUGUUAUGGCAGCAGUAUCAUCAGCUCGUUGGACUUAUCAGUCUUCUCUAGAUUCAAAUUCAAAUGCUAUUGAUCAGUUUUCAGAUUUUGGCGAUGACGAUAUUACCAAUUCAGCUGUUGGAGUAAUUCUAAGUUCUUUAGAUGACAUCCAGUGUAUCCACGAAGCACUUCCAGCAUCACCCCAAACUGUUUUACCACUAUUAGAAGAUGAACAUUUGUGUAAACUUUUAGAGUUGUACCACUUUAUAAACACAAGCCGAGCUGACAUAGAAAAGAAACCACCAAUACCAUUAUCUGAAGAUUUAGUUAGCUUAGCUCAUGAUGUUCUUGAUAUAUUAUCUACAUUGCCUAAUCAAUCUAAAUCUGCUCAUGAUUGUGUUCAAUUAAGAGAUAUAUUGAUUAACCCAUUUAUAAAGUCGUUAAUGCAAUCACAUGACGUGGCCGCGCACGAAAUAUUCGGUGAGGAAGCUGUUAGGGUCACUCCACCGUUAGUUUUACCUUAUUUAAACGGUAACGGGGUGGAAGACUGCGAGGACGGGCUGGAAGAUGACGUGGAGCCCGAGAACGUCACCAGGGUAAGGUUGGUGCAAUUUCAAAAAAAUACCGAAGAGCCAAUGGGUAUAACAUUGAAAAUGAAUGAGGACGGUAAAUGUGUUGUAGCGAGGAUCAUGCAUGGUGGUAUGAUCCACCGGCAAGCCACACUACAUGUUGGAGAUGAAAUCCGUGAGAUAAACGGAAUAUCUGUCGCCAACCAGUCGGUCGGAGCGCUUCAAAAACUCUUGAGAGAAGCUAGGGGUUCUGUUACUUUCAAGAUAGUGCCGUCGUAUCGAAGCGCACCACCACCGUGCGAGGUACAAUUAUUCAGGAUAAAACCAUUACCUGUGAUUAUAUUUGUCCGUGCUCAGUUCAGCUACGACCCGUUGCAAGACGACUUAAUCCCUUGUGCUCAGGCCGGCAUUACGUUCAACAUUGGUGACAUUUUACAGAUAAUAAGUAAAGACGACCAUCAUUGGUGGCAAGCCCGUAGGGAUAAUUCUGCCGGUUCUGCAGGCCUAAUACCUUCUCCUGAGCUCCAAGAAUGGCGAAUUACGUGUAAAGCCUUGGAGAAUUCUAAACACGAACAAGAAUCCAGUUGUUCUUCGCACGAAGGUUGUGAUGGUUCUACCGUAAAUUGCUCAAUAUUUGGCCGCAAGAAAAAACUUAAAGACAAGUAUCUAGCCAAACACAACGCGGUGUUCGAUCACAUCGACUUGGCUACUUAUGAGGAAGUAGUGAAGUUACCUUCAUUCAAGCGCAAAACGUUAGUUCUGUUGGGUGCACACGGAGUAGGCCGUAGACACAUAAAAAACACUAUCAUACAAAAACAUCCAGAUAAAUAUGCUUAUCCUAUGGCUCAUACAACGCGGCCUUUGAAACCUGGAGAAGAAAAUGGAAUCGCUUAUUAUUUUGUUAGCUACGAUGAAAUGAUGACUGAUAUCAACGCUCACGAAUAUCUAGAAUAUGGUACCCAUGAUGAUGCAAUGUAUGGUACAAAGUUAGAUACUAUCAGAAAAAUACAUCAUGAGGGUAAAAUUGCUAUACUAGAUGUUGAACCACAAGCUUUGAAAGUAUUAAGGACAGCCGAAUUUGCCCCAUUAGUAGUGUUCAUUGCAGCCCCACCACAUCGCUCACUAACUGAUUUUGAUGGAAGUUUAGAAAAAUUAGCAAAUGAAUCGGAAUUACUUCAACGUGCAUAUGAGCAUUUGUUUGACAUCACUAUUGUCAAUGAAGAUAUUGAAGAAACUAUUGAGGAACUAGAAAAGGUAAUGGAUAGAGUACACAGCACUCCACAAUGGGUACCUGUAGCAUGGGUUUACUAAUAUUGUUCAAAAAUGAAUAAUAUGAGAAAUCUAAUGAUCUGAAUGUCACAAACGAUAAAUUUGUUUCAACUUUUUAUAAAUUAAACAUAAAUCAUAAGACAUA